UGCAAGGCGAGCCUAUGGUCGCCGCCGCCGGUCGACAAGGCCCGGGAAGACGCGCUGUCACCGCCGCCGGGGAAGCAAUGCGGCUCUGUUGGUUGCUGCAGGCAUGAGCGGCUCUGGCGAUGGUCUCAAGAUGUCUUUCAAGAAGGAGACACCGCUUGCAAAUGCUGCAUUCUGGGCUGCAAGGAAGGGAAACUUGGCGCUCCUUCAGCUCUUGUUGAAUAGUGGGCGUGUCGACGUAGACUGCAAAGACAGUCUUGGUUCAACAGCCCUUAUGGUUGCGUCGUUCUAUGGCCACAAAGAAUGUGUGCGAGAAUUGGUGCUGCAAGGAGCCGAUAUUAAUCUCCAGAGAGAGUCUGGUGCCACUGCCCUGUUCUUUGCUGCACAACAAGGCCAUAAUGAUAUUGUGAAGUUUCUCUUUGAGUAUGGAGCCUCCACAGAGUUUAAAACCAAAGAUGGAGGCACUGCCCUGUUAGCUGCCUGUCAGUAUGGACAUAUGAGAGUGGUGGAAACUUUACUGAAGCAUGGGGCCAAUGUUCAAGACCAGCUUUAUGAUGGAGCUACUGCCCUUUUCCUGGCUGCUCAAGGAGGUUUCCUGGAUUUAAUUCGGUUAUUACUGUCUUCAGGAGCAAAAGUCAACCAGCCAAGGCAGGAUGGGACAGCUCCUUUGUGGAUAGCCUCCCAGAUGGGUCACAGCGAGGUAGUGAGAGUCAUGCUGCUCCGAGGGGCAGACCGAGAUGCAGCUAGGAGCGAUGGCACAACUGCUUUACUUAAAGCUGCAAACAAAGGAUAUAGUGAAGUUAUAGAGGAAUUACUUAAAUUCUCCCCUGCACUUGGCUUAUUGAAGGCAAGUAUUGAGAACAUUUUUGGGAUGCUAAAAACAUUGCUUUCCCUUCUCCUCUUGAACCCUUUCUGCAUUGCUGAUAAAAAUGGAACAUCAGCUCUCCAUGCAGCAGUUCUCGGUGGCAGUGCCAGAGCAGUAGGACUUCUCUUGGAAGCGGGAGCAGAUCCAUGCCUUAGGAACAAGAAAAACGAGCUGCCUUCGGACCUAACAAAAAACGAACGCAUCCUACGGCUCCUGCAGUACAAAGAAAAGCAUAGAAGGAACUAAGGCAGCUUUGUGUCUCAAGAGAGCUGCUGAGCCCUGUCCAGACUAGCCCUCAAGCAAAGCUGCUUUUCCUGCGGAACUGGAGCUGUUUUCCUGGGCUCAAGCAUGUCGUGGCUCCUACUCUGUGAACGAGGUCAGAAUUCUUCAUGGAGUGGCACUGCUAAGGCCUUACGCUACUAAGCUCACCAGGUUUUUGUCACCGGCUUCAGUGUGCAGAGGACUGGGUCCCUAACAUAGCUUUCCUGAGUAACUGCCCUUACUGUACCAGAGAAGUCUCCAUUUGCUGUAGCAUUAUCUGUUCCUUGAAGUACACCCUUCUCAAAAUUUGCACAGACCUUUCUGGUGGUCCUGCGGCUAAGCGUUUUUUUAAAAAUACAUUGACUGGACCCAGUUUGGUGUGACACAUCAGUGGCACUAACAGUUCGGUUUCCCAUAAUACAUCAGUCCUCCCUGUAGCAAUUAUUAUGACCUCCUCCUUUGACGCAUUGGUGUUAUGAAAGCUUGCAAUAAAAAAUGUGGGGUGUUCAGCUACUUGCAGCACUCCUGCUAAGUCACAGUACUGCUGAAAUGUAGUCAUCAGUGGGACGGCAGACCUACCUUGUAGCAUCCAUUAAUACUGACCUCCACUUCCAAAAUUAUAUUUUUA